AUUCAAGGUUGUCAAGUAUGGAAUAUUAUUAAAAAUACUCAAGACGGGGUAAAAACAGAAACACACACAGAUUUGAUAUUAUAUGUAAACCUAAGACCUGAUGUUUCUCGUGCAUCUUGAACAACGCGCGAUUAGUAUUUAUUUAAUAAUGUGAUCGUGUCGACGUUUUUUCUAUUUUUCUUCUUUUCUAUCCUAAAGUAAAUAAAUCGUACCUCGCGUAAUUUAGUGCUUGAUCGAACAUACACAUAAAUAGUGAUUUUUUUAUGAGUGAUUUCGAGUGAUAAAAAAAAACAGUGAUUUGAGUCUCUCGUCUCGUAUUAUGAAGAAUCAUCAGGUUGGCUGAUUUUCACUACCAGUACCAUAUCAGAGCUAAAUAGAUUGCAUUUUCCAAUUCAAAAUCGAUUUGAGCAAGCGAUGGAGUGAUGAACGGUACCCAAAAACGACACGAGAUCGCAUUUUGGCCCAAAGUGCGAGACCAAAACGAGAAAAAAUUAACCCGAAAAGAUUCCGAUAGAUUAUUCAAUGCUCAUCGAGGCUCCGAAGAAUACCUCAGCGAUAAUAAAGAUAUCCCGAAUACAAAUUUAAACAGAUUGUAUACUAUGCCGGAGAAAAUAUUCAAAGUCAUCAUCGUCGGCGAUCCAACCGUUGGUAAAACUGCUUUCGUUCAAAGAUACGUCUCAAAUAUAUUUAAAAAAGAAUUCAAAGGCACAGUUGGUGUAGAUUUUUCGCUAAAAAUCUUAACGUUUUCCGAUACGCAAACGGUUAAAUUGCAGUUAUGGGACAUAGCAGGUCAAGAAAGAUUCACCUGGAUGACUAGAGUAUACUAUAAGGAUGCUCACAGUUGCAUAAUCAUGUUCGAUCUCUCCAAUAAAACCUCGUUUCUCAAUACUCUUAAAUGGAAACAAGACGUCGAUACCAAAUGCAGCCUUCCCGAUGGAUCUCCUAUCCCUUGUAUGCUUCUUGGAAACAAAUGCGAUUUAACAACACGCCAAGUAGAACAAAUGGAAAUCGAGACCUUUGCAAAAGAGCACAAUUUCAUCGGCUGGACCGAAGUAUCAGCGAAAGAAGGAUUAAUGGUUAACGAUUCGAUGAAAUUCCUAGUAGACACGAUGCUGAUACAAGAGAAAAUGGAAGUAGACGGACGGAACGGUACAGCCGAAUCGUUGAAGUUACACAAAGAUCAAAAACAAAAGUCAUUUUGCGCUUGUUGAAGUAUUAUUAUUCGCUCGUUCGACUGCAGUAAAACUUGAUGAUAUUUUUAUAAUUUAAAUUUUGCAUUACCCCAGGUUUUUCCACCUGUAGAAUGUUAGUUAUUCGUGAAUUCUAGUUGACAUUUUUAUUUUUUAAUUGUGAUAAAAUUAAUUUCCACUUUGUGAUAUCGUUUAUAACAUGAUAUUUUUUCUACCUUCCAUUCGCGAUUAAUUUAGUUAUCGUACCUAUGUAUAAAUAAAUAUGUAUUUUUGUU